UCGCAGCUGCAGCAGGCUGGUCGGACAUGCAGACAUCCCGGCUCACGGCUUCUGCUCCAGGAUUAUAACUUUGCGGGAUUCCGUUUUGCGCGCAUUGCGACAGUCUGGGAUUAUAAACAGAGCCGGAUCCUGGAGUCAGAACAAAACGGAUGUCAGUGUGGUGGUCAGAGAUGGGAGAGGGCUUGGGGCCUCUCUCCACUGUAGGAUGGUAGCCGACAGCACAGUGGACGGCCAUGACAAGACCUUGUCAAGCUCAUCUUCUUUAUCAUCCUCAUCAUCAUCGUCGUCAUCCUCAUCCUCAUCAUCCUCAUCUUCAUUCUCCUCGUCCUUGUCCUCCGCCUCGUCCUCCUCUUCCUCCGCGUCGUCCCUGUCUCUCCACUCGGACUCUGGACUGCAUCAGGCCAGCACCGAUCAGAACCUGAGAUCCGUCCCGUCCGUCUACCUGACUCACUUCCCGACCUUCUCCAGCAAGGAGGACUGCAAGAUCAUCACCGACACCGCCGCCAAGCUCGAGCGCAGCGGCUUCUACUGGGGCCCUCUGGGAGUGGAGGACGCGCACCGCAUGCUGCGGGAGGCGCCGCUGGGAAGCUUCCUCAUCCGCGACAGCCGGCAGAAGGACGUCUUCUUCACGCUGUCCUACCACGCCAAGAGCGGGCCGGUCAGCGUGCGCAUCGACUACAAGCAGCAGAAGUUCUCGCUGGCGGGCAACAAGCGCUCCUUUCCGACGCUCUUCACCCUCUUGGAGUACUAUGUCAACUCUCCCAGGAAGAGCCUGAGCGUCCCGUGCAGGAAAUGGAAGCCGACGCUGCAGGAGCUGUGCAGGAAGCGCAUUCUGGAGCAGUGCGGCGGAGAGAGCCGGAUCCCGGACCUACCGCUCACACAUGUGGUCCAAGACUUUCUGUUGGAAUUCCCCUUCAGACUUUGAGCUGCUUGGCAUGCGAACUCUUGUCUUUGUUCAUUUUAAUUUCAAGAAUGCAGUUUUUACCAAGUAACCCUGAAACCGAGGGUCUUUCCGAGCCUGCUCGCCACGCAGCGGAGACAAAGACGGAAUCACAGCGAGC